AUGGAUGAUCUGAAUAGCACUGUCCACCCCAGCUGUUUACAGGAACCUCCGCUGGCUAUCGAAGUCAUAAAUCGACUUGAUCUGUUUGGAAUUGUGUUAUACUCCAUUUUCACAUUCAUGUCCAGUGUGUGUUUUCUGUUGUACCUGGAGGAGUGUGUGUAUGUCUACAGAAAAGUCCCUCCCCCUAAGAAGACCACCAUCAUGUGGGUCAAUGGUUCUGCUCCAGUCAUUGCCACUAUGUCCUGCUUGGGAAUGUGGAUCCCAAGAGCCACGAUGUUCACAGAUAUGACCUCCAACUCGUAUUUUGCAGUGGUGAUCUACAAGUUUUUGACACUCAUGCUGCAAGAGCUCGGAGGGGAUGAGAUGUUUCUUAGACGUAACAAGAAUAAUAAGUUUCGAAUCAGUACUGGACCAUGCUGCUGCUGCUGCCCCUGCCUGCCAUUUGUGCCAGUUACUCGACGUCUGCUGUUCUGGCUGAAGGUCGGGUCUCUUCAGUAUGCGAUUCUAAAGACUGCUCUCUCUGUCUUCUCAAUCGUGCUUUGGACCAAUGGGAACUUUGACCUUUCUGAUCUGGAAAUCACUGGUGCAGCAAUCUGGAUAAACCCAUUCAUUGGCGUACUCACCAUCACGUCCCUCUGGCCCGUUGCCAUUGUUUUCAUGAAUACACGGAACACGCUACGCAGCCUCAAAAUAAUUCCUAAAUAUGCCAUGUAUCAGCUGGUUCUGGUUCUGAGUCAGCUGCAGGCAGCUAUCAUCAGUAUCCUGUCUCUGGACGGCACCAUUGCCUGCUCUCCACCUUUCUCCUCUUCUGCCCGUGGCUCCAUGUUGAGUCAGCAGCUGAUGAUCAUAGAGAUGUUCAUCAUCACUCUGGUGACCAGGCUCCUGUAUAGACGUACUUAUGAUCCUCUCCCCAUGGACAUCACUGAGAAUGACAAUGCACAUAACACCCACAUCAGCCUGACUGCCAGCCCAGCACAAGAAGACACCGUCUGA